AGGAUGGGCGCUGAGGUGAAGGCAAGCCUAAACCUCUACAGUCGUUAUAUCAUGAAUAUCAUACAACCCUCCUAUGUCCUGGGAUACAUGAGCACCUGGAUGUCAGAAAGUAUUAUAGACCAGAUUAAGGCCGAGGAGGCAAGAGGACGGACUGCAGCUGCAAAAUUAUUCAUAGAUAAACUGCUGGGCCUGGAAGCUGAAGGAUGGUACCAAGGACUUAUAGAUGGUCUAGAAGCUGCAGGAUAUGGUGGGCUAUCGAAGGCACUUGCAGAAACUGAUUUCACAAUAAUUGAAAGUCUAGAAAAACCAAAGCGACAUCUUGACAUUAUCAGACAGACUGUGACAUUUAACAUUAAUCCUAACGAAGUAGCUUCUGAGCUGGGUGACUGUCUCCUCAAAAGGGAGGUUGAAGAGAUUAUGCAGGAAACAGAUCUGAAAGGGUCAAUCGCUGGAGCAGAGAAGCUUCUUGACUGCCUUCUCCGAUCAGAUAAAGAAGAGUGGCCAAAGGCCUUUACUCUAGUCUUGGAACGCUUUGAUUACACAGAAGUCCUGGAGGUUUGGAAAGGCGACACAGAAUGCCGUAAUGAGAAAAAAGUGCCCAUUGAUGACUCAGAGUCUGGAGAAUCAGACAGUACCUUGAUGAUGGUCCAUUUCUCUGAAGAGGCUGCACUGGAGAACCAAUGUCUGUCAGGUUCCACCCCAUUAUCAAUAAAAGAUAUAAAGCUUAGAAAGUAUCAAGAAGAGUUGGCUGAGCCUGCAUACAGAGGCAACAACACAAUUAUAUGUGCCCCGACAGGAUGUGGAAAGACAUUGGUGGCAUUAUCGAUUUGUGAUCACCAUCUAAAAUCUAUGCCAGCAGGUCAGAAGGGAAAGGUUGUGUUUAUGGCUACCAAAGUGCCAGUGUAUGAGCAGCAGAAAAAUAUUUUCUGCCAGUACUUCGACGAUACCGGAUACUCCGUGGUUGGUUUCUGUGGGGAAGAAGCUGAUUAUUCUCCUGUCGGGAUGAUCAUUGAACAAAAUGACAUCAUUAUUUUGACCCCUCAGAUUCUUAUCAAUUGUCUGAAUACUGGAUUACUGCCUUCCCUUUCCAUCUUUACCUUGAUGAUUUUUGAUGAAUGUCACAAUACAAUAGGACAGCACCCCUACAAUGUACUAAUGUUUAAAUACCUGGACCUGAAACUGGACUCACCAGGUCAAAAACUUCCUCAGAUCAUUGGUUUGACAGCCUCUGUGGGCACUGGAAAGUCCCGUUGUGUUUCAGAGGCUGUGGAAUACAUCAGUAGACUCUGUGGCAGUAUGGACGUUGAAUGCAUCUCCACUGUUAAAGAAAAUGUGGCAGAGCUCCAUAAAGUGGUGUGCAAGCCAGAUAAAUUUAUUCGAGAAAUAGGUUGUCGUGUGAACGAUCCAUUUGUUGCCAUCAUGUCUGAAAUCAUGGCAGAAAUCGAACAAAUGGCUAAAGUCGUUUACCCAUAUUUAGAGACUAUGACGGAUAUUCAGAACCGGGCUUUUGGAACCCAGAAGUAUGAGCACUGGAUCAUUGGCAUACAGCAGAAAUGCCGCGUGCUGCAGCUGGAAGAUAAAAUGGAGGAGAGUCGCGUGUGUAGCGUUCUGUUUACUUAUACUGAACAUUUACGGAAAUUGAAUAAUGCACUGAUGAUUAACGAGGAUGCCCGUACCAAAGAUGCCCUGGAUUAUUUGCAGAACUUUUUUACCAGUAUCAAGAAUGGAACCUUUACAGAUAUUGAAAACAAGCUAGUUAAUAUGUUUGAAGUUAAGUUGCCAAAGUUGAUGGAAAUCGCAAUGGACAAUGAAAAUCCAAAGCUGGAAGAGUUACAGUUCAUCCUGUCUGAAUCCUAUCAUGAGAAUCCAGAGACACGCACACUGCUUUUUGUGAAGACCAGAGCUUUAGUAACGGCUCUAAAGAAUUGGAUUGAGGAAACCCCAUCACUCAGCUUCCUAAAACCAGAAACAAUAUUUGGGAGAAAUAAAAGAAAUGAUAAUAUAGGAAUGACUCUUCCGCAUCAGAAAGGAGCUCUGGAUGCAUUUAGAUACUCAGGAGAGAGCAAGUUGUUGAUAGCUACAUCUGUGGCUGAUGAAGGCAUAGAUAUCCCGGCAUGUAAUCUGGUUCUUCUCUAUGAAUAUGUCGGCAACGUUACCAAGAUGAUCCAAGUCAGAGGUCGAGGAAGAGCAAAGAACAGCAGAUGCUACCUUGUUACUAGCAAGCAUGAACAAGCCGAGAGAGAGAGAAUUAACUUGUUACACGAGGAUUUAAUGAAUGAAGCAGUUGCUGGACUCCAGAAGAAGGAUAGAGCUGAAUUUAUAAAACGGAACCUUCAGAUCCAAAGAGAAGAAAAAAAGCUUCGUGAUUUUAAAAAGAAUUUCAAGGGACGCGUACUAUCAGAGGAGAACAAACGUCUGCUUUGUGGAAGAUGUAAAACAUUUGCAUGCGAUACAGAUAACAUUAGAACCAUAAAUCGAAGUCAUCACACAGUGAUUGACAUAAGCUUCAAGGACCGGUAUUUCAUGAAGCCACACUCAAAGAAGAGGGCAUUUGAUGGCUACGAAAAACUGUGCAAGAUAUUCUGCAAGAAUAAAAAAUGUGGAGAUGACUGGGGUGUUUCCGGCAACUAUCAGACCUUUCAGAACAUUCCUCUUAUCAAAAUUGACAAGUUUGUGGUGGAAAAUGCUAACGGAUCGCAGGAAUAUUUCAACAAAUGGGUGAAGGUGAACUUCAGGAUGAAGGAAUUCAAUCCUGUAGAAAUAGAAGAGUCUUUCUCUGCCAACACAGAAUAACACAAUCAGUACUUGAUAUUGAG